AUGAAUGGCUUUGAAAUAAUAGAGUAAUCGGACGAUUCCGUAGUGAUGAAGGUCAAUAGACAAUAUUUUACUAUGUUCUACUCAAUGAUUUAAUCCUAACUAAACAAUGAAGAAUGUGGAGUAUCCCAAGACUUUUUAAGAAGAAUCGUGCCAUUUUUUAUGAAUCAAUUCUUAAUUUGGGCUAUGCAAACCAACGAAGAUAAUCUAGUCAGUGUUAGGAUUACUUUAAUGAAGAUCAAAGAGAACAAGAAAUCAAAUCAAAGGAAAUUCGAAUUAGGAGAUCUUAAGAAAAUUCAUAAUCCAAAGGAUAUCAAAAAGUAUAAAUUAGUCAGAGAAGCUUGGGAAUCUUUCUUAUACUCUUAACAUAUCAGAGAUUGCAUUUAACAUAACAAAAGAAUCAAAUUAGGUUCAAUAGUAUAGUACAUGGAGGCAAUCAAUAUACUAAUACUUGAGUUGGAUAAACCAUUCCCUUACAACAAACUUCUAUCCAAAUAUAAAUAAGGUGUCAAAAAUAAAACACUGCCUGUACAAUAAUUUCAACCUUACUAAGAUGAAUUCAGUAUUCUCUAAGAGGAUGAGAAUUCCACUUGUUUUACGCUAGGUAGAUUGCAUUGAUCUAAUAAUGAUGUUUUGAUUAAGCUAUUUAAUUACAUAAUAAUUUA